UCGCCUGAUAAAAGACCGUUUACUCCGCGUGCACCCGCUCCAAUUCUUCGUCGAAGUUGUCUUUAUGGAUUGCGCGCGAUCUAAAAGGGCCUGUUUGAUACACCUACAGUUUCUCAGUCAAUUAUUAAAUUCGUUUUAUUUAUUGUGCCUUUAGUGUUUCCGGACCUAAACAUAACCAGUUUACAGUCCGGAUUUUAUUUAAGAUAUAUGUUCACCAUAGGUUAUAACUAGACUACGUUAGUGAAGAGAAAGAAGACUGUAAACAUCAAUGAAAAUGUUACUCGCAGCGGCUCCUCCUACACAACUGGUUUGAAACGACUUUGUAACUUUUCGAGGCUCCGCCCAUGAAGUAAUAAAAAAUGGUAAACAGCUUGGAAGUUCUUUGCUUAUCUCCUAUGAUGCAGGCGUGUGACAGUGCCGCGCAGUCCAUGGUAUCUUACCGUGACGCUGUCCUCAACCACAGACGACAGAAGUAACUUGGGGAUCCAGCCACUCAAUUAUGCACCUCAGCAAAAUGCAAUCCAGGUUUUGCUUAAACAGAUGAUCGAAAAAUGACAUAUGUCAGCUUAGCAAAGGUGUUGGCGUUUUGUAGUUUCCUCUGCAUCUCCAAAGACGCAUGUGUGGAGGGCUCCAGGGAACUUGAAACAAAAGUGAAGAUGUUGCUUCGGUCUGAGGAAGAGAAUCCUAAAUGUUUCCUAAAAGGGACUGUUGAAAUCUUUUGCUUUUGGGAAGAGCAGGGUGAGGACAAUGGGACCACAGAUCAGUAUACCUUCAGAUUCACAUACCUAGGCCGCAACACCACUGUCUGUCCUGUUAAAGUCCUCUCCAUUGGUGACGGAAAAAAAAUGUAUUCCUGUGAGAAUUCUCAAGUCAUAUGGUAUUCCCCUCUGGACAUCAAGGUGUUUCGUGGUGAACAGCUGAUCUACGAGCGUUCUUCUCUCUUCACUGACCAGAUGUUCCUGCUAGACCCUCCUGGCAACAUGACGCUGAGAAGGACGGCAAAGCCAGGCCAGCUGAAGGUGACCUGGUUGCCACCAGACUUCAUUGAUGAUGGCCUGCUGUACGAGAUUAGCUAUGCUGUUACAGGAAGCCAGAUGGGAAAACGGGAGCAGGUGCGCUUCAAAACAGACCUACUCCUGCAGGGCCUGCAGGCAGGCAUCAACUACUCUGUGAAGGCCCGUGUCAGGCCUCAGAGCUCAGGCUUCAAAGGCUGGUGGAGUGCCUGGACAGAUCCAGUAACAGUGAUCUUGCCUAAUGAGACGGACCCCCUCAUAGUAUCAAUGAGCCUCAUAAUCUCCCUUAUCCUCCUUCUGCUCUCUUUGUCCAUCCUCCUGACCCAUCGCAGCUUCCUUCUGAAGAAACUGUGGCCUGUCAUCCCCAGCCCUGAAAGCAAAUUCCCUGAUCUCUUCACUGUUUACAAAGGGGAUUUCCAGGAAUGGAUGAACCACAACCCUGGCGGCAUGAGGUGGAUCCCAGCCUACUACUACACCGAUGAGCCGGUGGCUCCGCUGGAGGUGCUCUCAGAGAUCAACAUCGGAGCAGCCCUGCCCAGUCUCAUCUCACCCCACAGGGACCCUCAGGCCAUGGAGGCUGAUGGAGCCAGGCAGCUGGACGAGGGCGACCAGGUGUUGAACAGAGUCUCUCCGCAAAGAUGGUCGGAGCUACAGCACGAGGCUUGGAUGCUGGAGCAUCUUCGGAACCUGCCUCUCCAUCCGCCCCCCCUCUCCCAGUCCUCUCUACUGGAGUCCCAUGAUGCCUAUGUCUCCCUCAACCACAGCUCACAGAAGCCCAAGGAUGAAGAGAAGGCACAAGAAAGGGAAGGGGAUGAGAUGGAAGACAUCCUGGAGGAGUCCCUACCUCUACAGACUCUAUUCGCGGGGGCAGGAACCAGGUCGUCAACAUCUCACUCCGACCUGGGUUCCCUGCAGCAGAGCUCCGGCUCGGGCCGGCUGUCUUCACAGUGCAGCUUCGAGUACCCCAACCAGACCUGGCCACCGAAUGGCCCCAAUUACACCUACAUGGCCGUGGCGGACUCGGGAGUUUCCAUGGACUACAGCCCCAUGAGCUCUAGCCAGCUUGCUGACACGGAGCGGAAACACAAGCCCAGGGUGAUCUACACCAACGAGCUGCCCCUCAUCCACAAACACAAACACUGGCCGCUCACACGGCAGCCCACAGAUUCUGACUGCAGACCACUUGGACACCAAGCCUAAGCUUACUGGAAAGGGGAAAAGGAGUGGAUUUUCACUGAAAGAGGAGGACAUCUUGGGCAUAUUUCUGUUGAUGUGCACCAACCAUAAGCUAACAACCUGCAGCUUCUAGUACUUAUGAUACUCAAGCUGACACACAGACACACACAUCAGAGGAUGGCUUUUGAGAAUAGAUUAGAAGGCAGAGGAAUCAACGAGUGAAUCAGUUUUGCCUUGCAUAGUGUGAGGGCCGUACACAUGAAGCUAUUACUGUGAUCAUGAAAUUAGUCAUUAUUCUUUAACGACUAUGUCAAUGUCAAUACACGUCAAGGUCUUUUAUAACUUACUUUAAAUGUUGUUUUAGGUAUAAAAAUAUAAACAAGGUUAUUUUAUUUUCAAAUUUUUAGAUUACUGCAUUUACUUUUGAUGCAAACAUAAGUUUGCAGUUUUGUCAGUGUUCUAUUACACAAUUAGACAAAUGUCCAUUACUGUAGAAGUGAAACAAAAGGAGAGGUGAUAUCAGGCUUUUCUCUGAGGCUUAUCUCCAGCUUGCAGAAAGGUUGAGUGGAUUCACUCUAUAGUUACUGGGGUCCCUUCCCAUUUCUGAGGCCUGAGCCAGUCAUGGGUUUUUGUACAAACUGUUAAUAUACUUGGAAUGAGAAGACAGUGCAGAUUCCUGCUUUUCAGCGUCACACACAAGACUUUUUUGCUUGGCAGCAGAGUGAUUGUAAUUAUAAUCCCAUCAUGAAAAAAACACUCAGACAAUAGUUUCAUAACCUUUCGUAACAAUGAAACAUAAUAGCUAUUUGUAAUGUUGUUUUCAAAGGCAUUAAAGACGUCUUGAUCCUAGAGACAAUCACAAACAUUUGGAGGCAUUCUCCCAGUAGCUAAUAUAACUCACAAGUUUCUCCAGGAUUCAAGGUUUAUAUUGCACACUUGGAGUAAAAAAAGUUUUUGGAUUAUUAUGUUUGACAUUUUUACUCUGUUAUGUUAUCAUAUAUCAAUACAUUUUUACAUGGGAAGACCUUCAUGCAGACUUCCUAUCUCAAAAGACAACAAGUCUUCAAAGCAUCUUGUGAAUUUAUAAAGGACAUUACUCUUGUGGCUGUUGUACAUAACAUACAAAUGUAAAUAUAAAUCUGUUGAUUUCAUGGAUGCGACAGCAAAUUUUACAUAAAAUUGGCUCGAUUUAAGCAGCCUCUAUCUCUUAUCUAGUGGCAUUAUAUGCAAGUAAAACCAAAGCAGGACUAUGAUCAACAGAAUGUUGAACUCUCUUAUCCGUCUUUUUAAUGUCAUUUGUGUUGUUUUCCUGUUUCUUUUUUGGCAAUUUUAGCAUGUGGAUAUAUUGUACUUUCUGUAAAAAAAUUACUUUUCUAAGAUAAAAUUAAACACUGUGAUUUUUAUUUGUUUUUGAAACUGCUUUACAGAAUAUGAGAUUUGUGUAAAUAACUUGUAAUUCUAUACAAAAACUGUCAGAUGUAAACACACUGAACCCUUUUUUUAUUUACAAUGCAUAAACUUUAUCUUAAUAAACUGUGUUUUCUAUU